AUGAAUAAUCCGAUACUUGUACAGUACUCUGAAGGGUGCAAUCGUAGCUCCAGUACAUACUGUACAGUAUCGGUACACACAAGGUUUGGUGAUAUCCCCAGUCGUCAUAACCUGUAUCAGAGUUUUCAAACACCACUACAACAGUCACCAGCAACAAUGUCGAGACCAUACAGAGGUCGCGGAAGAGGCCGUGGAAACGAGAGAUUUGGAUACGGAAGAGAACGGCGACAUGCUUACGAGCAGGAGUACGCGCGGGAUCGCGAGAUUUCUGAUCGAGCAGGUUUUCGACGUGAUGAAGUGAGAGACUACAGAAGAGAUGGAUCGCGAGGACCUCGGGAAGGCCCCAGAGACUGGCCCCGAGAACCCCCACGGGAGCCGAGACCAUGGGAGUCACGUGACAGACCUCCACCACGUGACCCACGCGAUCGUGACCCACGCGAUCGUGACCCACGCGAUCAUGAUCCUAGGGAGCGUGAUCCUAGGGAGCGUGAUAGCAGGGAGCGUGAUGCUAGAGACUCUCCGCGGGAGUUUAGAGAUCGGCCCCCCAGCGGUCCUAGGGAACGCCACGACAGUCACAGCAGCAAUCACAGCGGUCGUCCACCACCGCGGGAGCCAAGGGGUGAGUUUCAUCGCCCGCCUGAGCGUGACAAGGACUCUCCUUCUAGACCGCAUGGUCCGAAGCCCAGCAGCGGAAACGGGUCUAGACACAACAGCUCACACCACAGUAGCACGCCAACAACGCCCGUGGUGGGUACUCCGAAGACACACACCAACCAGGCGUACCAGGAGGCGCACUUUUAUCUGGGAUCGGAAACCACGGUGUCUCGAGCGUCGGAGCCGUAUCACAUUAAAACUGCCCAAACGGAGGGUAUCCAGAAGCGUUUGACCGAGCUGGAGGCGUUCAAUCAGGCGUUGGAGAUUCUGGAGGCGAAAAAACGCAAGUUGGAGGGCGAGUAUGCCAGCAUUGAGACCGAUGUGGUGCGUGAAGGGGUUAGGGCCGAGGUGACGGGCCAUGCGUUGGAGGUGUUGAACUCACAGGCGUAG